CUCUUCGUUCUCGCUUCUUUUCUUCUUUUGAUUAUUAGGGUUUUUCAAAUUAUAUUUUAUAGCUUUUGCGGGCUUCAAUUAUUAAAUUCGUGGUCGUUUGGAAAAAAAAAAGUUUGUUUCUUUUCUUUUGUUAUUUAUUCUCUGCAGCCAUGUACGGAGGAGAUGAGGUAUCGGCUAUUGUAAUUGAUUUGGGUUCUCACACUUGCAAAGCUGGUUAUGCUGGUGAAGAUGCACCCAAGGCCGUUUUUCCAUCUGUUGUUGGAUCAAUUGAUCAAGUGGACGUUGAUGACUCUGCAAACGCUGAAAUGAACUCUGGAUCUGCUGUAGAACCUAAAAACAAUGCAAAUUCUGACAAAGCCAAGACAAAGCGGAAAUUAUAUGUAGGAUCUCAAGCUUUAGGAUUUCGCCGGGACAAUAUGGAGGUGUUGUCACCUACAAAGGAUGGAAUUGUUACUGACUGGGAUCUAGUUGACAGCAUAUGGGACCAUGCUUUUAGGGAGUGUCUACUGAUUGAUCCGAAAGAGCACCCAAUGCUGCUUGCAGAACCAUCAUCAAACACUCAACUACAAAGAGAAAGGACAGCAGAGCUAAUGUUUGAAAAGUACAAAGUUCCUGCCUUGUUUUUGGCGAAGAAUGCUGUUUUGACAUCCUUUGCAUCAGGACGUGCUACUUCAUUAGUUGUUGAUAGUGGUGGAGGAUCAACUACAGUUGCUCCAGUUCAUGAUGGUUAUGUUCUUCAAAAGGCUGUGUUAUCUUCUCCUAUUGGUGGAGAAUUUCUUACCGAUUGCUUGGUGAAAAGUUUGGAGAGCAAAGGUAUAUCGAUUAAACCUAGAUAUUCAUUCAAGAGAAAGGAAACACGACCUGGAGAGUUUCAGAUUGUUGACCUUGAUGUACCAAAUACAACAGAAAGCUACAGGCUUUAUUCCCAGAGGGUGAUUGCUAGUGACAUCAAGGAGUGUGUGUGUCGAGCCCCUGAUACUCCAUAUGAUGAAAGUGCAUAUUCAAAUAUUCCAAUGACUCCUUAUGAACUUCCUGAUGGCCAGACGAUUGAAAUCGGAGCUGAUAGGUUCAAGAUACCUGAUAUACUAUUUAAUCCAUCCCUGGUUCAGACAAUUCCUGGUAUGGAGAGUUUUGCAGAAAUUGCUCCUUCUGUUCGCGCAUUGCCUCAAAUGGUCAUAGAAAGUAUUAACAAGUGUGAUGUAGACAUUCGUAGAGAGCUAUUCAGUAGCAUACUGCUUGCUGGUGGCACAGCAUCAAUGCAACAGUUGAAAGAACGCCUGGAGAAAGAUCUGCUUGAGGAAUCUCCUCAAGCUGCUAGAGUCAAAGUUUUGGCAAGUGGAAAUGCAACCGAAAGGCGAUUUAGUGUGUGGAUAGGAGGGAGUAUAUUGGCUUCUCUUGGCUCGUUUCAGCAAAUGUGGUUCUCCAAAUCCGAGUAUGAAGAGCAUGGAGCUUCUUACAUUCAAAGAAAAUGCCCUUAAAGAUCAAACACAAGGUUUCUUCCUCCUUCCUUAGUCGACAUGACUCGACUUUGCUUCGCUCUUUGUCUAAUUCUGGACCGUUCACUCGACUCUAAUCUUAGAUCAAUCUUUUAAACGUUAAGUAAUGUAAUUAGUUUUUUGAUUGAACCCCUCUAAAGAGCUCUAUAUUUUUAGCAAUUGACUUUCAGGUCUAACCGUAUGCUGGAACUAUUUGGCCAAAAGUGUCAAAGCUUGUGUAUUUAGGUAGAUGAUUAUGAAUGAUGAGAUUGUAUCGAUUUGUACCUUGCUCUAUGCUUAUUUAUCCCUUCAAUUUUUAAACUAUACAGUUGUAAUGAAGCCUUGUUUUACAUUUCAAUGUUAGGUGAUUAUAGAUUUUGUUG